AUGGACACUCCUCAAUCUCCCACCUCUUCCAAGAGGAGUCGUGGAUUCAGUGUGAAAUCCGACAAGUCAGACAAAUCAGGACCAACCCCCCAUAAACGUGGACUCUCCGAGUCAUCAGAAGAGAAAGCUCGUCGCAAUCUACACACCAAAGCAGAUCCUCUUGUCGCCAUGAACGAACUGCAGCCUAUGGCGGUCGCGCUGGAAGCCUCGAAUUUGGGCUCGUUGCGCGAGAUCCAACACAAGGAUCAGUACGGGAAUGUCAUCACCGAUCCCGACCUGUCAAAUCCCACUCGACCGCGCUUCGAGCGCCCCUUGGAUACCAUUCGAUCAUUCGAGGCAGCUAUCUACGGCUCAUACAGUAAUAAUCGUGCGUCAUACAUCAGAACAGAAUACGGGGAACAUGGGCUGAUUUAUUUGAUAGAGGAUGCUGCAUCACAGAUGGGCGACUUCAGCCGACGAACAAGUUACCAUGGAGGUCAAAACAGCGGCCCUUCCAACCGAAACUACGAUCAAAGUGGUCAAUACGGCCAAUCACAAUCGCGCCCGGACAGCAUCGUGAACGCGUACCAAAACGCGCCUCUAUCCCCCGAGAGCACCACCCCCCCGAAUCCCUACCCUUACGCCCAAAACGGAUAUAACCAGAGUGGACAUAGCCCAAACAGCAGAAGACGCCCAUCUCACCACCCACGCGGGUCAGGGCCCGCCGAGGGAUACCCAAACAUGGCCAAUGGCUCACCAUACGGCUAUCCUCAACAAGGCAGUGGUUUCCAGCGGUCACGGGACAACAUGGCUGCCAUGUCAAACUCUAAUUCUGGAAAUACAGACCCUUAUGGCCAGUCUACAGACCCCAGCUCGAUGAACAGCUCCAACGAUCAAUUGCAGCAGCAGGCUCUGCAGCAACAGCGUUUUGGUGACCGUUCCCAAGCUGAGUAUGGUUUCGGCUCACCCAGGGUUCCCCAGCCCGGAGGUGGCCCUAACUGGGGUGGACCUGUUGGAGGUACUCCGACUUCCACGGGGGCUGCGCCUGCACAACCGCCUGUACACAAGACUGUGAACCAACCUCCGCCUAGUGAGGAGAAAUCCAAGAGGAAGAGCUGGUUCAAACGCCGGUUCAGCAAAGAUUAA